CGUCGACGUCAGCGUGUUGACGUCACGGGCCCGGUACAACAGGAGGUCCGGGGGCUGCUGGCUGCGGGCGGUGGGCUGCGCGUCGCCUGCUGGGCUUGGUCCCCCGUCCCCGCCCCGCCACGCCCCGCCCCUCCGCCCGCUAGGGCUUCCGCGGGCUCAACCGCGGAACCGCUGUCCCCGGGCCAGCCUGGGGCUGCCGGCCCGAAACCACCCGAUGAGUGGUAAGAUGUAGCUGUAACAUGCCAGCCAUCUGACUCAGCCAGUGCUGGUGACAUAACUGGCUACCAAGGUGUCAAUCCCUGCAGAGGUACUGAGCUAACAGCAUGAACUACCUGACAAGACUGGCUACUCCGUGGCAUGCUGCCAUUUUGCCAACCUGUGAUCUAUGGAAGAACAAAUAUACGUUGUCAAGUCCUUGACAGUCUCCAGCUGACUCAUCUUCCCCCGGACCUGGCACCACCCAGGGGCAUGGUUAUUGUCAAGGGCAAGAAUAAUUUGGUCAACAAAGAUGAAGAAAGCUUUGAAACAACAUGAUGAGACACAGUCUUCAUCAUGCACUAAUAUGUCUCUUUGCCUGUGAAACAAGGGAGUGGAAAUCAAUCAGACUGGCAAACUUAAACCCCUCCGAGCUAGGUCAAAACUGAGGCCGAGUGGAAAGUGCGUAUUACGUCUAAAGAGGUCAUCAGCCUUACUGCCGUGGGAUGGUGAAGUUGGAGAGAGGCUCCCUUAACCCGCCUCCAGGAUGAACCCCCUGCAAGAAGACAUGGAGAACGCCCUCACCGGGAGCCAGAGCUCUCACGCUUCCUUGCGCGACGUUCAUUCCAUCAACCCUGCACACCUCAUGGCCAGGAUUGAGUCCUAUGAAGGAAGGGAGAAGAAAGGCAUAUCUGAUGUCCGGAGGACUUUCUGUUUGUUUGUCACCUUUGACCUCUUAUUUGUAACGUUACUGUGGAUAAUAGAGUUAAAUGUGAAUGGAGGCAUUGAGAACACCUUAGAGAAGGAGGUAGUGCGCUAUGACUACUACUCCUCUUACUUCGAUAUAUUUCUCUUGGCAGUUUUUCGAUUUAAAGUGUUAAUCCUCGCGUAUGCCGUAUGCAGACUGCGCCAUUGGUGGGCAAUAGCGCUGACGACAGCAGUGACCAGUGCCUUUUUACUUGCAAAAGUGAUCCUCUCAAAGCUUUUCUCUCAAGGGGCUUUUGGCUACGUGCUACCCAUCAUUUCGUUCCUCCUUGCCUGGAUUGAGACGUGGUUCCUGGAUUUCAAAGUGUUACCUCAAGAGGCAGAAGAGGAAAACAGACUCCUGAUAGUUCAGGAUGCUUCAGAGAGGGCGGCACUCAUACCUGGAGGUCUUUCUGAUGGUCAGUUUUAUUCUCCUCCUGAAUCUGAAGCAGGAUCUGAAGAAGAAGCUGAAGAAAAGCAGGACGGUGAAAAACCACUUUUGGAACUAUGAGUACUACUUUUGUGACAUGUGAGAAAUCCGUCACUGAAAGUCACUGGAGGAGGACAAGGACCAGAGCCGGGGUCUUUCCUGUUGCAGGUUGAAGUGCUGACACCCGCCGCUGACUUCAGCGGACGGCCGAUAAGGAACUUAUUUAUUGUAAUACCUCAUAGACGUCUUACCACACCCACGUACAUUUAGGAGCCUGCCUGCGGCAGGUGCAUCAUGUGAUGAGCCACACCGCCUUGGGUGAGACUGAGUCUGAUCUGUCCAUGAAUACUUGGAGCCGAGUCUUGUGCUGUAUUCCCGAUCAAAAGACUUCUUAAUAUAUUGGAAUAACCCUUUUUUAGUAAGCAAAAUCUCUUUUUAUUUGCUUUGCAGGGUUGGAGGUUUUUUUUUGUUUCAUGUCUCAGAUUUCUUUUGUAUUUCUUUUUUUAACAUCCUACAUUUCCUUCGUGUUUUUUAACUCACGCUUACACGCUCUUUGUACAAUUUUAAAAAGUAAUAAAAUCCAACGUAUCGAA